AUGUCUCUCGGUCUCCGUCGGACCUUGUUCACCUUGCCAAAUUUUUCCGCAUUCUCACCAUCUACUCGGCUGGAACCCGAAAGAUACCAUGAACGCAAAAUCCUUCCUUACAAUCGAAAGCAACUCUACAACGUCGUAGCCGAUGUCGGCUCAUACCCACAAUUUGUACCAUUUUGCACCUCUUCACGGAUUCUUACCCCCGGCUUUGACAAAUACCACAAAGAGAAGACGGUGAUAGAUGCAGAAUUGACUGUCGGAUUUCUGUCCUUCCAGGAGAGCUACGUCAGCACAGUAACAUGUUCUCCGUACGAGUCAGUUGAGGUAUGUGCUGUCUCGUUCUCUUCUGCACUAUUCCGCACGCUGUCGACGUCAUGGCGAUUUUACCCAGCAUCUUCAGAAUCACUGCCAUCUCCAUCGCUAAAAAACGAGUUAAUCGAUUACGACCGUGAUAAAACCCUCGUCACUCUUGACUUGGUUUACGCGUUCUCAAACCCGCUGCACGCCAGUGUCACGUCAUCUUUCUUCAGUCAAGUCUCCACGCUUAUGGUUCAAGCAUUCGAGAAACGUUGUUCCGAAGUGUAUCGUUCUGGGAGUGGGGAUGUUUAAUACCCAUCGAGCGUGAAUGAUAGCGUGGUACUCGACAACCAUAUAAUUUAAGUGACAGGCUUUCUUUGGCCAAAAACCAUGUUCAGUUUCUGGCG